AUGAAGGAACCAGACGCUAUGGCGGGGUCUCAAGCCCUGAUCAAAGAUCGAGGAUCGGGGUGCAAUAGCCCUGAGAAAGCGGAAGUUUGGGGAGGCGACCAGACUAAGACAGUCCCCUAUAAGGGUCGGACGGCAUUGGCCACCCAGGGACGAGAGGAGCAGAAGCCUUCCAGCUGGAGUACGGCACCAGCUUGCCGAACCUAUGAUGCUCCGGCGCAAUCAUUGCAUGUGAAAGCUGCGGCAGCGGAGACGGCGACAGGGUCAAAUGACCAUGGCACAGGCCGUGCGGCGCUGGGCGAAGACUCAGUGAGCAACCUCCGAGAGAGCAAAAAAGGCGCGACGGUCUUGCUGGACCACAACCCUGAGUUAAAAGAGUUUGAGGUUUUUUGGUGUUUGUCGGUUUGUUUGAGUUUGAACUCCCUUUGGGGAAGUGGCCUAUAUUUUGAAGGGCAGCCAAGCGAAGGGCAGUGCGCGUGCCUGGAUUCAAUUCUCAAAGACGUCAAGCGUAUUGCUGGCAUACACCAAGCAGUAGAGGAUGUUGAUUGGAGUAAUUUUUUCAAUGUUCGGGCAAUCGAUUACAAGGGUGACGAAGUGAAAGUUGCGAAAUGGUUCAGAUGGGAAAACAUUGGGGCAGCACUGCCCGCGGAGGUGGGUGUUGUUCCUCCGGAAGAGAUUUGCUCUUUGGGUUGUAGGGACUACGUCUUGAAUUUCGACAAUUAUUUGAAGCCGCAAGAGGAGUGGCCGGAGCUGACCUGCCCUCGAGUUAUGGGGCGGUGGGUAUACCUGGCCAGCAGGGUUUUGCCAAUGGGUUUCUUAAACUCGGUUAGCCUGGCUCAACACGUCCAUCGCAACCUGGUGAAAUGGAGUGCUUUGGAUAGAGAGUCCAGUGCAAGCGGGGCCAAUGUCCCUGAAGCUGAGUUGCGGAAAGACCGGGAGUUCUCUGAGCAUGGCACCAAUUGGCGGGUCUAUCUCGACAACUAUGACCUCCUGGAGAAGGUCGUGGAUUCCGAUGUAGUGACCCUGGAAGGCACCCGUGCCGCGGGGAUCCUCGCAUUGAGGCAUGAAUAUGAGAAGUGGGGGGUUCCCCGCAAUCUGAAGAAGUCAGUGGAAAGGUCUCGCAGAUGUGAGCUGCAAGGGGCCACGAUCGACGGACAGGAGGGGGUGGCUUUCCCACGGGAAGCCAAAUUGGUGAAGUAUUUCAGCAUGGCUCUUGACCUAUGCCAACAGGUGAAGGCAACCCAGAAGCAGUGGCACUGUG